GCCGCUGCCGCCGCCAUGGUGGGCAAAGCGGCGAGACGGCCGCGGCUGCACCGGGCGGCGCCCAGGCCGGCCAAGGACCUCUGGACCCCGCGCGAGAACGAGGCGCCGCUCCCGACGGGCGCCCAGGCGGCGAGGGCUGCGGCGGGCGAGGUAUUUUUGACCUCAAACGUCUUUGCUGGAGUGAAGAUUGAUACAAAAAGUCUGGUGAAGACAUUGGACAUUGAUUCGAGAAGCAUUUCUUCAGCCAUAAAGGGUGAAGAUGAAAAGGUACUUUUGCCUAAGAAAGAAAAAAUGAAGCUGCGGAAGGACAGGUGGUUGCAAAAAAUAGAAAAUAUCAAGCUAGCAAAACAACAACAAAAAGCAGAAGCAAAGCGAAAAGCUACCCCAGUAGUUGGAGAUAUGCAUCCUCUGAUGGACGCUCUGCCUGAGCUCUCAGACCUGGUAGCUGUCAGCAAGAUCUGCAGACAUCCUAAAACCCCAGCAAAGAAGAUGCUGCUGACUAACUUCUGUCAGAUGAAAUCAGCCCAGAAACGCCAAGUCUUGAUGCAGGAAGUAGCACAGUUUCACAAGACUAUAUCGGAUCCUUUGUUCAAAGCUAGCCCUUUGACAGUCCUUGGUGAGCAUCUUUCCAAAAGACUGAAGCUGGAGAGGGAGGGAGAGCCAUUCUGACAUCAUUGCUGGGACUGUUUGAGAGCACAAGAGAUUGGAUUCUCGCAAACACACUGCAUGAUGACCUUACAUGCCCAGUGUGCCAGCAUAACUUGCAAGAGUCCACAGGAUUAUGACAUUCAGUGACCUUGUUUUCCGCCAACAGAAAUAAUGCUGCCAAGACUGAUGAUUGCCAGUACUAGCGGCAACGCUGCCUGCUGUUUUGCUAGAAGCUCUUGGGGAUUGUUCUUGAUUCCCACUCUGUGCUAUAUCACACACCAGAUGUUGUUUCUCUUUUCUUUCCAUAGUUCUUAUGAAGUAUAACACCCUCUCCUCUAGGAGUAAUGCAGCAUUUGCAUCAUUCUCCUGAAAUUAUAUUUAAUAGAGAUUAAGUCUGCUCCUGUUUCCAUGAACAAUUCAACUGAAAAAUAAUCUGUUCUUGUUAGUUUUUGAUACUGAUUUGGCAGGUGCACAAUGUAAAGUUUACUUUUUCUACAUAAUAAAUAUUUUCCCCCAUAGUA